GUGUACAUGGGGCUUUCCGCCGAGCGGCGCCAUCUUGCAGUGAACGUCCAAGAUGACCAACACCAGGGGUAAAAGGAGGGGGACGCGAUACAUGUUCGCGAGGCCAUUCCGCAAACAUGGACCUGUUCCCCUUUCUACCUAUUUCAGUAUCUACAAGAAGGGAGAUAUUGUUGACAUCAAGGGCACGGGCACUGUUCAAAAGGGCAUGCCCCACAAAUGUUAUCAUGGGAAGACAGGAAGAAUUUAUAAUGUUACACAACAUGCUGUAGGCAUUAUUAUCAACAAGCAAGUCAAGGGCAAGAUUCUGGCCAAAAGAAUUAAUGUGCGUGUCGAGCACAUUAAACAUUCAAAGAGCAGAGACAGUUUUCUGCUUCGCGUGAAAGCGAAUGAACUGGCAAAGAAAGAGGCUAAGGAGAAAGGCACCUGGAUCGAUCUGAAACGCAAGCCUGCUGAGCCCAGGAAGGCACACUUUGUGCGGACAAAAGCGAACAAGCCGCAGCUGCUGGAGCCCAUUCCAUACGAGUUCAUGGCAUAAUUGUUAAAAUCAAAUAAAUGUCUUAUAACUCAA